GCGGAAAAUUAACCACAGCUUCCUGCGGGACCACAGCUAUGUGACUGAAGGUAACGUACGUGUUGUCUGAGGCCCCCUCCGGCCGGCCGCGGCGUGGGGAUGCCGUCGCACCGAAUGCCCUCCGAAGCCGAUAUCAUCUCUACUGUUGAGUUCAACCAUACCGGAGAGCUGCUGGCCACAGGUGACAAGGGUGGCCGGGUUGUCAUCUUCCAACGGGAACCGGAGAGUAAAAAUGCGCCUCACAGCCAAGGCGAGUAUGACGUCUACAGCACCUUCCAGAGCCAUGAGCCUGAGUUCGAUUAUCUCAAGAGUCUGGAGAUAGAGGAGAAAAUCAACAAGAUCAAGUGGCUUCCGCAGCACAAUGCCGCCCACUCCCUGCUGUCCACCAAUGAUAAAACUAUCAAACUAUGGAAGAUCACGGAACGAGAUAAAAGGCCCGAGGGAUAUAACCUGAAAGAUGAAGAAGGGAAGCUUAAGGACUUGUCCACGGUGACGUCACUGCAGGUGCCUGUGCUGAAGCCCAUGGAUCUGAUGGUGGAGGUGAGCCCACGGAGGGUCUUCGCCAAUGGCCACACCUACCACAUCAACUCCAUCUCCGUCAACAGCGACUGCGAGACGUACAUGUCGGCAGACGACCUGCGCAUCAACCUCUGGCACCUGGCUGUCACCGACAGAAGCUUCAACAUCGUGGACAUCAAGCCAGCCAAUAUGGAGGACCUCACGGAAGUGAUCACGGCGUCUGAGUUUCACCCCCACCACUGCAACCUCUUUGUCUACAGCAGCAGCAAGGGCUCCCUGCGUCUCUGCGACAUGCGCGCAGCCGCUCUGUGUGACAAGCACUCCAAACUAUUCGAAGAGCCCGAGGACCCCAGUAACCGCUCCUUCUUCUCCGAGAUCAUCUCCUCUGUGUCGGACGUGAAGUUCAGCCACAGUGGCCGGUACAUGCUCACCCGGGAUUAUCUCACAGUCAAAGUCUGGGACCUGAACAUGGAGGCGAGGCCCAUAGAGACCUACCAGGUCCAUGAUUACCUUCGGAGCAAGCUCUGUUCCUUGUAUGAAAACGACUGCAUCUUUGACAAGUUUGAAUGUGCCUGGAACGGGAGUGACAGUGUCAUCAUGACCGGGGCCUACAACAACUUCUUCCGCAUGUUUGACCGGAACACCAAGCGGGACGUGACCCUGGAGGCGUCGAGGGAGAGCAGCAAGCCCCGGGCUGUGCUCAAGCCACGGCGCGUGUGCAUGGGCGGCAAGCGCAGGCGGGACGACAUCAGUGUGGACAGCCUGGACUUCACCAAGAAGAUCCUGCACACGGCCUGGCACCCUGCCGAGAACAUCAUCGCCAUCGCGGCCACCAACAACCUGUACAUCUUCCAGGACAAGGUGAACUCCGAGAUGCACUAGGUGGGUGUAGAGCCCCGUCCGGGACAUGACCACCGAGCGGCCCAGCCAGGCUGCCUCUGGAGUCAGGAGGGUUCACAGCCACCAACCUUGAAAUGGGCGUGAUGGUUGCCUUGGGGUCCUGGCCCUUCAUUCCCGUCCUUAACCGUGUGCUGCCUGCUCUACGAUUAGGACUUGGACUUCUCCAGGCUCACACUUCACUUCUUCCAGCAGCAACUCUGAGGGGAAGCAGGCGCCCUGGGAACACCCCUCCCCCCCAGGGGGCCCCAGAUCAGGGCUCUGGGGACAGAGGACAGACUCAAACAAGCCAGCCAGGGAUUCUUUUGAUUAUCAGUGGAGCAAUUUUCACUGUCUCAGAGUCGAGGGUCUUCCCUUGGCUUUUUGAAUCAUGAAUUCAUGCUGAGAAUUGGCAGGUACAAGCUGCUCUUUUAGGUUGUUUUAAGUCUUUCAAUACCCCAGGUCCGGUGUUUCCGGAGAGGAGAGGGGGGCAGUGAAACCCCCCUGUGCGUGUGCCUGUCCUCCUCACCAUGUCCCCAACCUUUGCUGAGCGUGGGCCAGGGGCCAGACAUGGUGCUCGGCCCAUUAGGUGCGUGCGUGGAUUCAGUCCCCACUCCACAGGGCUCUGCUGUCCCGCAUCAGGGUCACUGGGCACCUCGUGGGAGCUCACGAGGGCUCUCUCUGUGACCCUGGAAGGUGGGUGUCUGUUCACUUACUCCAUUCACUUACACCAGCCCCUCACUGAGUGCUGGGCUUUGCCAGGUGCCAGGGACAAACGGUGAAGAAUUGUCCUUCCCGCUCUGCACACGAGGCAGAGGGCCCUGAGAGCAUGAAAAGUCGGUCCAAGGCACGCACCGACCAAGUGGUAGAGUCAGGAAUCCUGGGCAGGUCUUCAUGCGCACUGCCUGCUUUCUGACUCACCGUGUCGGCUACUCACGUUAAAGCAGCGUUCUUGUGUGGAAGGUUCUGGAAACACCCCUUCGUCUUGGGGGGCUCGACAGAGCACAUGGGUGAUGACAAGGGUCCAGUGGGGCGACCCGAGCCGCAGCAUGGAGAAUGGAGAAGACCCCGGUGGUGCCAAGCUCUGUGUGGUCACUUCAGACCUCCCCGACACCUCGGGGGUGCCUUGCUGCACCCAUCUCUCUACCCCAGCCCCUUGUUUGGGUGCACUGAGCUGCCUCCAGGAGGAACUUGCAUGUUAGGACCAUUUCAAGAUACAUUUUCAUUAAUGACCUGGCCUCGGAGGACUCUUUCCUGAGGGCCACAGAGAAUGCUGUGCUCCUGCUGCGCAGAUGUGGAUACCGGCUCUGCCCACCCUGCCCAAUCAUCCUCCCCACGUGCGAUUACAGUGAACCACUGGCUGUGCGUGGCAUUCAGAGAACAGAGCGUGGAGCCCGAAGCCAACAUUUUUUUUUUUUUUUACAAGAUGUAACCCAACCCAGGAAACAGACCCACCCGAGAUUUUUCUCAGUGGACAGCAGUAUACUGUCGUGUGUGUCAAAGCACAAAACGCAUGUGCAUUCACUUCCAGCCAUAUGAUAUUUACACAAGGAAAUGGGUCCAUUGUUUCGUUUUGGUUUUUUAUUUUUGUUUUUCAAAUCAACAUGAAUGAAGAAUGUUUGUUUCUCUAUCACUGUAAAAUCCAGGUGACCUGGACAGUAUUAUAUGUACAUAAUCUAUUCUAAUUAAAAUUAACAAUCAC